AGCAGCGUCUGGGCCAGAGGGGGUGGGCUCUCUGCAAGAGGAUUCGAAGGUGGCGGUGGCGAAGGCGCAGGCCGUUGGGGCCUGUCGGAGGCAGGUGACUAUGAAAGGCUUAUAUUUUCAACAGAGUUCUACAAAUGAAGAAAUAACAUUUGUAUUUCAAGAAAGAGAAAAUCUUCCUGUUACAGAGGAUAACUAUGUGAAACUUCAAGUUAAAGCUUGUGGUCUGAGCCAGAUAAAUACAAAGCUUCUGGCAGAAAUGAAGAUGGAGAAGGAUUUCUUUCCUGUUGGGAGAGAAAUUGCUGGAAUUGUGUUAGAUGUUGGAAGCAAGGUAUCAUUCUUUCAACCAGAUGAUGAAGUAGUUGGAAUUUUACCCCUGGACUCUGAGGACCCUGGACUUUGUGAAGUCGUUAGAGUACAUGAGCAUUACUUGGUUCACAAACCAGAAAAAGUUACGUGGACAGAAGCUGCUGGAACCAUUCGGGAUGGAGUACGAGCCUAUACAGCUCUACAUUAUCUUUCUCGUCUCUCUCCUGGAAAAUCAGUGCUGAUCAUGGAUGGAGCAAGUGCCCUUGGUACGAUAGCUAUUCAGUUAGCUCACCACAGAGGAGCCAAAGUCAUUUCAACAGCAUGCAGCCUUGAAGACAAGCAGUACCUUGAAAGACUUAGGCCUGCUAUAGCCCGAGUGAUCGAUAUAUCUAAUGGGAAAGCGCAUGUUGCUGAAAGUUGCUUAGAAGAAACAGGUGGCCUAGGAGUGGAUAUUGUCCUAGAUGCUGGAGUGAGAUUAUUUGGUAAAGAUGAUGAACCAGCUGUAAAACUACAGCUACUGCCACAUAAACAUGAUAUCAUCACACUACUUGGUGUUGGAGGCCAUUGGGUAACAACAGAAGAAAACCUGCAGUUGGAUCCUCCAGAUAGCCAUUGCCUUUUCCUCAAGGGAGCAACAGUGGCUUUCCUAAAUGAUGAAGUUUGGAAUUUGUCAAAUGUACAACAGGGAAAAUAUCUUUGUAUCUUAAAAGAUGUGAUGGAGAAGUUAUCAACUGGUGUUUUUAGGCCUCAGUUGGAUGAACCCAUUCCACUAUAUGAGGCGAAAGUUUCCAUGGAAGUUGUUCAGAAAAAUCAAGGAAGAAAAAAGCAAGUUGUUCAAUUUUAAUUUUAUUUCGCAAACCUCACUUGGAUGAACCCAUUCCAGUAUGUGAGGCCAGAGUUUCCUUGGAAAUUGUACAGAAAAGUCAAGGAAGAUAAAAGCAAGUUGUUCCAUUUUUAAACAUGUUUUUCUGCUGAGACAAGAUGCUCAGAGUUAUUUGAAGUAUUUAAAAAGUUAUUGUACGAACGGUCAAGACAGUUGUCAUUAAUAUGUGAAGGGAAUAUUCUAAGGGCCUUUUUAGUUAUUGUUUCUAUGUAUUUGUCUCUGUUAUAACAUUGUUUCCAUGAAGAAACUGCUUUCAGCAGAAGCUACGCUACUGUUGAUAAAGCUGAGUCGUUUGCUGUGUCAAAAUAACGUUAUUACUUUUGUAUCAACUCCAUUCUCAACACAUUCCUUCCUUAACAAGUCUUUGCUGUCAUAAUUUAAUCAUUUGAGUAUAUUUUCAAGCCU